AUGAGGAGAAGCAUGCACGUAUACAACGAUGCCACCAAAGACAUCUCUUCCCAAAGGGUAUGGUCCGGGCAGCCGAGCCUUAUGGAGCAAAGACCAGCUCCUGCGCCACCUGCUCGUUGCGCAGGCUCCGCUGGUGCCAGGUCCGGCUGGAUCGUAGGCGAGGCCCUCGCCACAAGCCGCUGGAAUUACUUACACUAUCACCAGGGCUCAUCUUCGGAUGAUGGUCUCCGCCAGCCACCCCGAGUGAUACCUCGAGUCUCUCAGAAGCUAGGUCUUCACACACGCGAAUGUCCUUUCGGUACGAGCCGAUUACCAUGCUGUAUAUCGCAAACACACGUUAUGAUACACAGAAGAAUCUGUCAACGUGUUUGGUGGCAAUACCUGGUUAUCUUUGGAGGUAGUCAGGCGUCAAGGCUACUGAUAUCUUCUCCUAAACAACCAGAUGUGGUGAAAGAUCUCGUCGUGAUAACUGCAAUGAAGCGGAGCACAAUUACAUGCAUCAUUCUUGCUGAAACACCGAUUCGAGCUGAUGCCUGCCUUAUGCCGUACGGGAGUAAGGCGCCCGUGAAACAAGGGUUAGGCUAUCUAAUGCCAGGUGGCCCAACUAGUUUCGCAAACCUAUUAAUAGACAGUAGACAAGCCUUUGGCUUGGCUAAUGGUGGGUGGGGCGUUUUCUCUCCUGGCCGCGCUUGCCAGUAUGUGUGUAUACUUGUGCACAUGGCCUAUAGCCAGAUCAGAUCGCAGAACAUUUGCGAGUCGGACAGUCGAAGAAUCCUGGGAAAACUGCUGCGACGCGGAAGCGGUUGGACUUUGGGAGAAUUGUUUGUUGAUAGGCAUCGAAAUACCGGGUCGCCAUGCUUGUUGCUCGUGCCUGACCAGGUCAAGCCGACCGGCAUGACCACGUACCUUAAUCAAUCGAACCGUGGGCCGAAGAUGCUCGUUUUAUUGGGUGCAGGACCAGACCUGUCAGAUUCCGGUGGUUGUGAUUGGGCGGCGUGCUGCCGAUCCAGAUUCCGCGCCGACCCUGGCCCGGGCCCGUCAUUCCCGCCGAGCUGUUUGGAAUUCACGCACCUCUACGGCAGCAUUGCAACGAGUCCAGCAUCCGAUGCUGCUGGUAUUCAGCAAUAA